AUGCCUACCAUUUCAGUCGAUAAGGAAGACCUCUACAAGUCUCUCGGCCGUGAAUACACUACCAAGGAAUUCGACGAACUAUGUUUCGAAUUCGGCAUCGAGUUGGACGAAGACACUUCAGAAGGUGAAUUGCAGCCUGGUGAGCGUCCACAGCUCAAAAUUGAAAUUCCUGCAAACAGAUACGACAUGUUGUGUUUCGAAGGAAUUUCCCGUGCUCUCAAUAUUUUCCUUGGCAGAGCUAAGCUGCCAACCUACAAGCUGACAAAGCCUAAGGAGCUUAUUCAAGUCACCAUCGACCCUAGCACAGAACAAGUCCGUCCCUACGCUGCCUCCGCUAUCCUGCGUAAUGUCACCUUUGACCAGAAGAGAUACGAUUCUUUCAUUGCUCUUCAAGACAAGCUCCACACAAACUUGUGCCGUAACCGCAGUUUGGUUGCCAUUGGUACCCACGAUCUCGACAAGAUCAAGGGCCCCAUCACUUACGAAGCCAGAAAGCCCGAGGACAUCAAGUUCAUUCCUUUGAACCAAACAAAGGAAAUGAAUGGUCAUGAGCUGAUGGAGUUUUACGAAAAGGAUAAGAACUUGGGCAAAUACCUCCACUUGAUUAGAGAUUCCCCCGUCUACCCAGCCUUUUUCGAUGCUGAUGGUCAUGUCUUGUCUUUACCCCCCAUUAUCAACAGUGACCGCACCAAAAUCACUUUGGAUACCAAGAAUGUCUUUAUUGACCUGACUGCCACCGACAAGACCAAGCUCACAAUUGUCGUCAACCAGCUUGUCGCCAUGUUCUCUGAGUACUGCGAGGAAAUUUACACUGUCGAGCCUGUUCAAAUUAACUCCGAUCACAAUGGACAGACUCGUGUGGAACCCGUUGUUGCUGACCGCGAAACCACCGCUGAGAUCUCCUACAUCAAUUCCUGUUUGGGUCUUGACCUUAAGCCUGAGGAGAUUUGCAGCCUGCUCACCAAGAUGUCUCUUUUGGCCAAGCCUUCCACCACCGACAAGAACCUGCUUGACGUUUCUGUCCCCAUCACCAGAUCUGACAUUUUGCACCAGUGUGAUAUCAUGGAGGAUGCUGCUAUUGGUUACGGCUACAACAACCUGAAGAAGACCUUCCCUGCGGACUCAUACACCAUUGCUGAAGCUCUUCCCAUUAACAAGAUUAGCGACAUUGUGCGCAGAGAGGUUGCCCAGAGCGGCUGGUCCGAGGUCAUGCCUUUGAUUCUUUGCUCCCACGAUGAGAACUUUGCUUUCUUGAACCGCAAGGAUGAUGGUAAAACUGCCGUCAAGCUUGCCAACCCCAAGACUCUUGAGUACCAGGUUGUCCGCACAUCUCUCUUGCCCGGUAUCCUUAAGACCAUUAGAGAAAACAGAAAGCACAGUCUGCCCAUCAAGGUGUUUGAGUCUGCCGAUGUUGUUUUCAAGAAUGAGAAGCUUGAACGCAAGGCCUUCAAUCGUAAGCACUUUUCUGCUAUCUAUGCUGGCCAGACCAGUGGUUUCGAAAUUGUCCACGGUCUGUUGGACCGCAUCAUGGCCAUGCUGCGAGUCCCCUGGCUGGAGACCAAGGCUCAACAAGAGGCUAAGACUCGUGGCUAUUGGAUCUCUCCUACUGAUUCUGCUACUUUCUUCCCUGGCCGUGGUGCUAACGUGUACUUCCGUGCCAAGGAUGGUGAUGAGGCCCAAAUUAUUGGUGAUCUGGGUAUUCUUCACCCUGAGGUUAUGUCCAAGUUUGAGAUUCCUUACGUCGGAUCCAGCUUGGAAAUCAACCUGGAGGUUUUCUUGUAA